AUCCUUUUCUAGAACCAGUAAUUGGCUGAAUAUCAUAAACAGCUGAUUUUCUCAGAAAAAAAAAAAUCCCAACACAAAGAUCAAGUUCCUAGAAAGAAACUGUCAAUCACCAUAAGUUAAAAAAACCAUUAAAGCUUCAGCUAUGGUGAAAAGGUUCAAAACUUGUUGCUCUUCCAUUAAAACAUCAUCAUCAUCAUCCAUGAGAGUAGUAUUAUUAUCAGUGGUAAUACCAUUGAUUUUGCUUACAAGCUUUCUAUCUUUUUCAUUAGUUUCAAAAAGGUCCUUUUGGGGUUUCAGUUACACUAACCCUUACUCAAAAACCAUAAAAGAAGGUUUUUCAAAUGAGACCCCCAUUAAAAACAACUCUAUUUCUUCUUCUUCUUCUUCUUCUUCUUCUUCUUCUUCUUCUUCUUCUUCAAGUGUUGCUCAACAGCAACAGCUCCUACAUGUUCAAUACACUUUAAAUGAUAAUCGGCCAUUGAAGCAUAGAAGAAGAAGGUGGUAUUGGAGUGAUUUGGAUAGGUUGGAAAGAGGUCUACAAAGAGCAAGAGCUGCCAUUAAAGAAGCUAUAAAUGGGAGUAGAUUAAAAGACCCUGAUUAUAGCCCAGAUGGUCCUAUUUAUUGGAAUGCUAAAGUCUUUCACAGGAGCUACCUGGAAAUGGAGAAACAGUUUAAGAUAUACGUGUACAAAGAAGGGGAGGUUCCAUUAUUUCACGACGGUCCAUGCAGGAUGAUAUACACCAUAGAAGGACAAUUCAUCAAUAAGAUGGAAAUCAAUACAAAAUUUCGCACCCACAAUCCCCACCAUGCCCAUGCCUUCUUCUUACCUUACAGUGUCACAAGAAUGCGCCAUUUCCUUCAUGAUUUGCGUUCCUUUGGGAGGAUCGUCACCGACUACGUCAACAUCAUCACCGCUAAACACCCACAGUGGAACCGGAGCCUUGGCGCCGAUCACUUCAUCCUUGCUUGCCAUGAUUGGGGGCCUUAUAGUAGCUUUUAUGUUCCGGAGCUAGUGAGAAACUCAAUUCGUGCUUUAUGCAACGCGAACACCUCCGAAAGGUUCAAUCCGAUGAAAGAUGUAUCGAUCCCAGAAAUCAAUAUCAGAGGCAAUAAACUCGAAGGGCUCAAUACCGGUGGACACCCUCCAUCGAAGCGUUCGAUCUUAGCCUUCUUUGCAGGAGGGAACCAUGGUCCCAUUAGACCAAUAUUGUUCAAGCAUUGGAAAAGAAAAGAUCAAGACAUCCAAGUUUACGAGUACCUUCCGAAAGGAUUAUCUUACAUUGACUUGAUGAGAAAAAGUAAAUACUGCCUUUGUCCCAGUGGCUACGAAGUUGCAAGCCCCAGGGUUGUGGAGGCUUUGUACAACGGAUGCGUCCCGGUUUUGAUAUCGAAAGAUUACGUGCCGCCGUUUAGCGAUGUUUUGGAUUGGAAAACGUUUUCGGUGACUGUUCCGAUCGAGGAAAUAUGGGAGUUGAAGAAAAGAUUGAUGGGGAUACCUGAAAGGCAAUAUAAAAGAAUGCAAAAAAGAGUUGUUCAAGUUAAAAGGCAUUUUGAGUUGAAUUCUACACCAAAGAGAUAUGAUGUUUUUCAUAUGAUACUUCAUUCUAUUUGGUUGAGAAGAUUAAAUGUUAGACUUUGGUGAUGGGUUUUCUUUUAUUCGGAUUUAGGUAAGAAUAUCAAAUUCACUGAAUUUAAAUAAGAGUAUCAAACACGAGUGUAUAUUAUUUUUUUUUCAAGAUUUUCAUAUAUUUAAAGGAUUUUUGGUGAACUAUAAUAA